AUGUCGUGGCUGCAGUCGGCUUGUCUCUUGGUGCUGGUGGCGACUCUGUGUCCCGGGUCAGAGGCCUUCAGCUCUCAGCACCUGUGUGGCCCUCACCUGGUGGAGGCCCUCAACAUGGUCUGUGGAGAUAGGGGCUUCUACUACAACCCCCAGAGAGACGUGCACCCAGGCAUCGUCCACCAUUCAGAGCGACGGGGCAUCGUUCAGGAGUGUUGUGAAAGCCCCUGCAGCCUUCUGGCCCUGGAGAAGUACUGCAACUGA